CCAGAAAUGAUCGUGCUGGAACAUAUUAGCACGCUCUUCGGCUCUGCUGAUGCAGAAGCUCAACAAAGAGCAAACGAAUUCCUAGUAAAAUGGCAGCAAAGUGUUGAAGCGUGGCAAGAAGCACACAUGAUACUUAAUGGAAGUUUCAGCUUAGAAGCAAAAUUAAUCGCAGCACAAACAAUAAGAACAAAGCUUAUGUAUGAUUUCUAUCAACUUCCACAAGAUUCUGUACAAAAACUAUGUGAAGCACUAAUGAACUACUUAUCGGAUCCGGCGCUGCCUAAUAAUAUAGCCUCUACAAUAUGCCUUGCAAUAUGUGAUCUGGCCAUACAAUCAGCUGAAGCAUGGGCUUCGCCAUUGGAUUACUUUAUAGAAUGUUAUAAAAGAGGUUCUAUCAGUAUUAAAAUACUCUUGACUUUGGCAGAAAAUUUAGCAGAAGAAGCGGCAAACAAAAGAAUCAUUGUGGCGCCAAAUAUAAAGGCCAAACUAAUACAAAAUAUGAAAAACGAUUAUACAAAGCUUUUGGACUUGCUAAUUCAAAUCAGAGCUUUGGGAAAUAAUAUAGAAACUACCACUGCCAUAUUCAAAUGCUGGCAUAAUUGGAGGAAGCUGGACAAUUUUGCAGCCAAUGCAGAAGCGUGUAACAUAUUUAUCAACGAUUGCCUCCAAAUUGUAAACCAAACAAAUAAAAGAAGUGAACAUGGAAUAUGUGAUGAAACAUACGAAGCCGCCGUAGAUUGCAUGGCUGAUGUCCUCUAUGAAGUCUCGGAACUAACAGAAAAAAUACGUGCAGAAGGUGAAGCAUCAGGAGAAUCAUACCAAUUUUUUAAACAAACUAAACAAGAUUUGCAACCAGUAGUGAAAUCGUGUUUUGAACUAUGUGUUUCAGAUCGUUUUCGUACAUUUCUUAUCGAAGCGUUCAGCACAAAUGAUAGGGUUACCCUGGGAUGUUUGUCAAACUUGGUUGUCGCAGUGCUAGAUGCACUUGAAAUGUCAUUGACAGACCCACCUGUAGAGUUGGUGAAACUGCUAAAGCUGGCCAUCAACUUUCUGGAAUUGCCAUACUGCUUGGUGUUCCAAGGGCUUACACAAGCUGACGAACCAAAUACAAUAAACUGUUUCUCACCCUAUUACAAUCGCAUGAGUGUUCGCGAACAUCUUGCAAAAGUUGUAAAAACGUGUAACGUGGCAGAUCUAAAUCCAAUAGAAGAAGAAACAAGCAUAUAUGCACGACGCGUGAUAGGUCUCUUGCACGAUAUACUAUACUCACAGUCGCCCAAAUCACAAACAAGCAAAGAUAUGUGCGCACAGCUAGUAGAAGUGAUACUACUAAUCGCAAUACGACCAGGAAUUACAGGAGAAGCAGAUAAUACCGAGUAUGAAAACUACGUGAAUGAAGUGUACGAUCUAAUGCCAAUGACCGCAAGGGUAAUGCAAACGGAUGAGCUGUUCGAAACCGUAAAGAAAAUGACAGUUGAUAAUACUACAAUGUCAAAUUCACAUCAUGGAUUGGAUGCUUGCUUCAGAUCCUUAGGAGCCAUUGUAGCAACACUGGAUGUGCGAAAACUCUCAAAACAUAACAUCGCAGCUGUGGCUUCUGUUGUAGAGGGUAUUGAAACUCUUUUAAGGGGGAAUAUACCCACAGCACCUGUGGAAUUCUAUUGCUGGCAGUCAGCUAUACUGUUUCUCAAGGAUAUAAAACGAGUGUUAAUGUAUGAUGAAACGGAAAUCAUUGUACAACGAACAAUGGGUCUUCUGUGUGGAGCAUACGUCGCAGCACUUGGGAGUGACACGACACAUGGUAAAGAAAUUGAAAGCACGCUUGUCAACAGCAUAUCUGCAGUAUGCUGUCAUAUACGCCUAGGAAGGUUACGCAAUUGGGAACCUAUACUACAAAAUCUAGGGCUAUGCAUACGAAAAGCGGAGCAAAAUUACAAAUAUAGCAUUAUAUUGAUAGAAGGCACAGCCAACGCCAUCAGUGACCUGCCAGCCGAAACUAUACGUACCAUAGUACAGCAAAUGAGCGAUAUGUGGCUAGGUAAGCUCGAAGCAGUAAUAAGAAACGAGCUGGCAAUAUCUGUUAAGGAAUUGAAAAUGUUAGUUAAUAAACUCUGCUCACUUAUUAAAAAUAUAAGGGAAAAGAACAUAUUACAACAACUGAUAUGUGAAAGGAUAACACCACUAUUGUGCAAACUGCUAGAAAUCUAUCUAAACGAUGCAGAUGCAGUGGAACAAAUUUGUAGAUGCCUUAAGCAUGUAGCAAAAAGUAUAGGAAUUGAUUUUGCCGUAUGCGCACAACAACUGGUCAUCACAGUUGGAAGUGUUGCAAAACAGCGCAUGUGGAGCACAUAUCUAUAUCUAGUAGAGUGGCUAUACACCCUUUUGGUACAAUCACAAACAGAGCAGGUCAAAGUAAAGCAACUAUAUUACUUACUCACUGAAUUGACACUUAACAUACUCGCAAACAAAGGAUACCAAAUACAAUUAAUCGAAGAACCACAAGAGAUAGUAGACGACUUCUUUGGAUUGCAGGCAAGGUUCAUCAAAAACGCACCGGAAUGUUUUGAUAAUGAUCUUGUGUUCCGUAGCAUUUUAGCUUCUAGCGUCAUGUGCUUCAACAUACCACAACCGCAUUGUGUAUUCGAAUUCUGGAUAGCUAUACUGGAAUCAGAUAUUAUACUAACCAGAUUCAAAUCUAUAGCGAUUGAAGUACUGCCUAACUGUGUGGAAGCGGUUUUUGAAGUACUAGCAACAGGAUGCAGAGAAUCAGUAGAACGAUGUGUAGAAGAUUUUGUCGAUGCACUAGUUAGGUCGCUCGGUAACGAGGCGUCGGAACUGCUUCAACGAGGAAUUGGGAAGCUACCUAUAGCAGUAAUACCAAACGAAAGACAAAAAAACAUCAUGGUACAAAUGUUAUUGUCACACAAAAAGAGCGACGCAAUAUACGAACUGCACAAACUUUGCCGCCAAGUAGUCAUGCGAAAUCGUGCAUCGUGAAAAUAAAACAAUGUAGUUUACAAAAUACACAACUGUUACUAAUGUUUGUGUAAAGAUAUAUAAUAUGCUCGAC